AGUCACAAAGCUUUAACCUUUCCUUCCCCCCAUCUCUCCGUUGCUUCUUCUUCGCGUCUUUGUGUCUCUCUCUUCCACCCAUUUGCUCGCAUUUUGGGACUUUGCAGAAACAAGCUAGAAUCUUUUUCUCCCUUUGGUUGUCUUGUCGGCCAAAUUUGGAAACUUGCUGAUCACAGUCCGCCACGUUUUCAAGUUUGUGUACCUUGGGAAAAGCUGACGGCAAGUGUUGAAGGCACAGAGAAAGCAGAGUUAAGAAAAAAAAAAGGUGUAAAGCCUCUGUUUUCGAGUUCUUUUGAUAUGGCUGCUGGCUUGUUGUCCACUUGGCCAUGGGAGAGACUUGGGUUGUACAAGUAUAUACUGUACGGCCCAAUAGUGGGAAAUGUCCUGUAUUCCACAUACCAAGAGGGCAGCUUGAAGCUGGAUUGGUGCUUUUGCUUGCUUGUACUUUGGUACAUCAGGUAUCUUGUGAAUCUGUAUUGGAGCACUUUUGUCAACAUGAUGUUCCUCUCCAAGAGCAUCAGGAUCGACAAGCAAGGCUAUGGAUUCAAGCAGGUGGACAGUGAGUGGGAUUGGGAUAAUUUUCUGGUCUUCCAAUCUCUGAUUGGGUUCUUGGCAUGUUCUAUGUCGUCAAUGGGAUCACUUCCUAUCUGGAACACAAAAGGGUUGUUGUGGAUUCUGGUUCUUCAUGUUGGAAUCUCAGAGCCGGUUUACUACUGUGUUCAUAGACUCUUCCACACAGGCUCCUGGUUCACCAAUUACCACUCAAUCAACCACUCUUCUCCAGUGCUGCAUCCAUACACAGGCUACCAACUUACAUUUCUGGAGCAUCUGGUGCUAACUUCUGUAACUGGGAUCCCAAUUCUUGGGUCUUUCCUCCUGGGUUAUGGAUCGUUGCUUACAAUUGCUGGCUAUCUUUUGGCCUUUGAUUUCCUGAGAUGUAUGGGAUAUUCCAACACUGAGAUAGUGCCUCACCAACUUUUCCAGACCCUGCCUUUCCUCAAAUACCUCAUUUACACAGGAACGUACCAUAGCAUGCAUCAUACUGAGAUGGAGACCAAUUUCUGCCUGUUCAUGCCAAUCUUCGAUGCAAUUGGAAAGACCCUCAACAGCAAGUCAUGGGAGCUACACGAGAAAAUGCGUUCAAAAGCAGGGACGUAUGGGAGAGUUCCUGAUUUCGUGUUCUUGGCACAUGUUGUGGAUGUGUGUUCUGCAAUGCAUGCCCCCUUUGUUUUCCGGACGUUUGCAUCGCUGCCAUACCGAUUUCAAGCCUUCUUGAUCCCUUUCUGGCCUAUAACAUUCGGGGUGAUGCUUGCGAUGUGGGCUAAAGCAAAGACAUUUGGCUUUUCUUUCUACAAUCUAAGGGGCAAGCUCCAUGAGACAUGGGUUGUGCCCAGGUUUGGUUUCCAGUAUUUCUUGCCAUUUGCUAAGGAAGGAAUCAACAAGCGGAUCGAUGAGGCUAUUCUCAAAGCUGAUGGACUUGGAGUCAAGGUUCUGAGUCUUGCUGCAUUGAACAAGGGUCAUGGAAGUCUGUUUAUUAACCAUUUUAUCAAUGUCCUGAAAUGUGUUACUCUUUGGUUGCAGAAUGAAGCACUGAAUGGAGGUGGAACAUUGUUUGUGAACAAGCAUCCGGACCUCAAAGUUAGAGUUGUCCAUGGGAACACAUUGACAGCAGCAGUUAUCCUGAACGAGAUUGGUGAAGAAAUUGAAGAAGUGUUCCUAACAGGAGCCACUUCCAAGCUUGGAAGAGCCAUUGCACUCUACCUUUGCAGAAGAAAAGUCCGAGUCCUUAUGUUGACUCUCUCAACAGAGAGGUUUCAGAAGAUUCAGAAGGAAGCUCCUGUUGAUUGCCAGAGUAACUUGGUGCAAGUUACCAAGUACCAGGCUGCUAGACAUUGCAAGACUUGGAUAGUUGGGAAGUGGAUAACAUUAAGGGAGCAGAGUUGGGCGCCACCAGGAGCCCAUUUCCACCAGUUUGUGGUGCCACCAAUUUUGGCCUUCAGGAAGGAUUGCACCUAUGGAGACCUUGCUGCCAUGAGAUUGCCUGAUGAUGUUGAAGGGCUUUGGAGUUGUGAGUACACGAUGGAUCGAGGAGUUGUCCACGCGUGCCACGCUGGAGGCGUGGUGCACUUCUUGGAGGGAUGGACUCACCAUGAAGUGGGAGCAAUAGAUGUUGACAGGAUUGAUCUGGUGUGGAAUGCUGCAAUGAAGCAUGGCUUGAAGCCUGUCUCCAACAUCAACAAACUCAAACAAAAGUAGGAAACAAUGCUCUGAGAUGGAUGGCUUUGAUGUCUGUUUACACUGCAAUUGUUGUUUAUUGUCCUCAAUCUAUUUAUAGUUUGUAUCCUAAUGUUGUAGCUUUUGGCUGUAUCCGAUAAAAAAAUUGUAAGGAUUAGAGAUAGGGCAAAAGGAAAGAAGAAGAAGUUGUUAUAAGUGAAAGAAAAGCAAGAAGAACAACAGUCUUUCUCUUUUUUGUUCUUUACAUUUAUAGAUCUUAGGGAAAAGUCAAUUGUUGUGUAAGGUGUAUUGUAUCCCUCUUCUCAAUUUCAUUAAUGAAAGGGUAAAUUCGUUCUAUCUUUGUCUUAUUUUCUUUCCCAACAUACAAAAAUCUUGAGUGAUUAUUGUUCAAUAAUUUAUUUAUAAGCCAAGGGA